UUUAACUAGAAAUUUACUACACCCAUCCUUAAAAGAGGAAAAGAAAAAAAAAACAUAAAAAGAAAUAGCUAGCUCAAAGCCCAGAUUCCUAUUUUAUGGAUGUAAAAUGUUCAGGUUGUUACAAGAGUACCACGGUUUUCAGUCAUGAUCAGACGGUGUGUGUGUGUUGUUUAACAUUGUUGCGCCAGCCAAGAGGAGGAAAGGCCAGACUCACAGAAGGCUUUUCAUUUAGAAGAAAGCAACACUAA